AUGAGGAGUGGGGGCUGGCACACGUCCGUGGUCCUCCCUGAGCCUCGUUCCUCUUCUGUAGAGCCCCUGUGUGCCAGGGCCCUCACUGGUGCCGUGGUGGCACGAGAGCAGGGCGGAUGCCCGUCCUUAGAGUUGGCGUGCCCGCCGCAGCUCCCUGCUGCCACAUGGCAACACACCACCGGUCCCUUCACCGACGUGGUCACCACCAAUUUAAAACUGGGCAACCCAACAGACCGCAAUGUGUGUUUUAAAGUGAAGACCACGGCCCCGCGUCGGUACUGUGUGAGGCCCAACAGUGGGAUCAUAGAUGCCGGCACGUCCAUUAACGUAUCCGUGAUGUUGCAGCCUUUCGAUUAUGAUCCCAAUGAGAAAAGUAAACACAAGUUUAUGGUUCAGUCUAUGUUUGCGCCAAGUGACACUUCUGAUAUGGAAGCAGUAUGGAAGGAGGCAAAACCGGAAGACCUUAUGGAUUCAAAACUUAGAUGUGUGUUUGAAUUGCCAGCAGAAAAUGAUAAACCACAUGAUGUAGAAAUAAAUAAAAUUAUAUCCACAACUGCAUCCAAGACAGAAACCCCAGCAGUGUCCAAGUCCCUGAGCGCCUCUCUGGAUGACACUGAGGUCAAGAAGGUGGUGGAAGAGUGCAAGAGGCUGCAAGGGGAGGUGCAGCGGCUGCGUGAGGAGAACAGGCACCUGAAGGACGACGACGGCUCCGGGCUCCGGAUGAGGAAGAGCGCGCAGAGCAGCAGCCCGGGGCCUGCGCCCGCCCCGGCCCGGGAGGAGGGCCUGAGCACCCGGCUGCUGGCGCUGGUGGUCCUGUUCUUUAUAGUGGGCGUCAUUAUUGGGAAGAUUGCCUUGUAG